UAUUCAAUUGUGCGACAUCAGAUAAGAAGUCAACAUUAUGUAAGGUCUAUAUCUCAGUCGGACGUGAUAUCCUCCUCUCAUGUCUCGGAUUUGAUCCUUUUCCUUCGUCUGCUGCAAUUCGGUCUUUGAAGAACGCCUCCAACGUCUCUCAACCUAAACACAUACGAUGGACGCCGAGGAGUUCAGAAAACGCGGGAAGGAGAUGGUGGACUACGUUGCCGAUUAUCUCGAAAACAUCCAGGAACGCCGUGUCUUCCCGACGGUGGAACCAGGCUACCUCCACCACCUCAUUCCAGACCACGCCCCAGAUACACCGGACAAGUGGGACGAGGUUAUGGCCGAUGUGGAGCGUGUCAUCAUGCCAGGGGUGACCCACUGGCAUCACCCUCAGUUCCACGCCUACUUCCCUACCGCACAGUCGUACCCAGCCAUCUGUGCUGAUAUGCUCUCAGAUGCCAUUGGCUGUAUCGGAUUCUCAUGGGCGUCAAGUCCCUCAUGUACAGAGCUAGAGGUGGUGAUGAUGGACUGGCUCGGCAAGAUGCUCAACCUGCCAGAAGCAUUUUUAUCAGGAGGGAAGGGUGGUGGUGUAAUUCAGGGUACGGCCAGUGAAGCCACGCUUGUCGCUCUCCUGGCCGCUAGGUUCAAAAUCAUCCACGAACAGCUGGAGAAGAACCCCGACCUCACCAAAGCUGACAUCAUGGGCAAGCUGGUGGCCUACUACUCCGAACAGGCUCACUCUUCAGUCGAGAGGGCGGGCCUACUCGGCAUGGUCAAGAUGACUGCUAUCCCGUCUGAUGAGGAGGAGAGUAUGAGGGGAGAGGCACUGGAGGCGGCCAUCGCCAGGGAUAAGGAGAAUGGACUGCUUCCAUUCUUGGUUGUCACCACAUUAGGGACCACUUCUAGCUGUGCCUUUGAUAACCUACUGGAGGUAGGCCCCGUCUGUGAAAAACAUGAUAUUUGGAUGCAUAUCGAUGCGGCAUACGCCGGGAGUUCCUUUAUCUGCCCUGAGUUCCGACCCUUCCUGGACGGAGUGGAGUAUGCCAUGUCAUUCAACUUCAACCCUCACAAGUGGAUGCUGGUGAACUUUGACUGCUCGGCCAUGUGGUUAAAGGAUUCCAGCUAUGUUGUCGAUGCGUUCAACAUGGAUCCGCUCUAUCUGAAACAUGACGCUCAGGGCCUAGUGCCUGAUUACCGACACUGGCAGAUCCCGCUGGGGAGAAGGUUCCGAUCUCUCAAGAUGUGGUUUGUCAUGAGAUUAUACGGCAUACAGGGUCUACAGGCAUACAUAAGAAAGCACAUUGAGCUUGCACACGAAUUCGAAGCUUUAGUAAGAGAAGACGAGAAGUUUGAAAUCUUCGGUAAAGUCACGAUGGGUCUCGUCUGCUUCCGGUUGAAGGGCCCUAACGAAAUCAACGAAGCUCUCCUGAAGAAAAUCAACAAAGAAGGCAAGAUACACAUCGUACCAUCCAAGGUCAAGGCCACGUACUUUCUGCGGUUCGCCAUCUGUCACAAGGAGAACGAUUCGGAGGAUGUUCACUUCGCUUGGGAGGUAAUCAAAACAGCUUCCACUAAGGUGCAGAUUGCCUAUGAUAACGGAGAGUUAUCUAAUGGCUCUAACGGCACACCUUGAGCUAGAUGACAAUUAGGUUUGGUGGCAAUUAGGUUUGAUGGCAAUUAGAUUUGUUAAAUUUGUAAUGAGCAUGAAUGACCGCGACUCGUAUUAACACUUCACAGGAAGAACAAAGGACAUUCAUGAUCCGUUCGCUUGGAAUGUAAUCGAAACCAGGUGCUGAUUGCCUGUGACAGGGGGAAUAACCACAGUGAUCCUACAUGUACGUACGCAAUGCGGCCGACCGGAUAUUUGAAAUGGACUCGUCGAGGCCUUUGUCCGGGCAUUUUGCACACCCGGGUUUGCAGAGGAAGGCCCUAUAUCAUGUUGGAUCACAACUGAUUUAUAAUUUUUUAAUGAAUAGCAUCACAUUUAAUCAAUUUGGUCAGAUUCAAGAUGAUUGUUGCAUUUGUGCGCCGGAUGAAUCUUACUCAGGUGUAUGAUAAUUUUUGUGCUUGUUCAUGUAUAUAACCGUUGCAAAUAUAUGAUGCAAAUUU